AAAGUACCUAAUUGAUUAGAGAAUAGAGAAAGCGAAGGGAAGGCCCGUGAGUUUUGCGCGUGCGAGAGAGACAGUGGAAAGAAAGGAAAGGGAUGACGCUGGGUCUGAUCAAUGCGAAUCCUGUGGUUCACGCCAAGAAAGAGCGAAUAGCUCGUUCUGAUGAUCCUCACGCCGAUGACGCCGUUGAUCCUCUCGACAUCUAUGAUAUCCUUUUUUUUUUUUUUUCAUUUUCUCUUCUCCCACUCCCAACUCAACUAACUGUUGAGAUCCUUGACUUGGCUUUGACAAAUUUCGUGAGGGAUAUUCGGGAUCCCGAACAUCCUUAUUCCCUGGAACAGCUCAGUGUUCUCUCCGAGGAAUCUAUCUCCGUUGACGACAAAUUAGGCCGAAUUCUGAUAACUUUUACGCCGACCGUACAGCACUGUAGCAUGGCCACGGUUAUUGGACUUUGUCUCAGAGUUAAACUGAAGCACUACUUCCCUCCUCAUUACAAAGUGGACAUCAAGGUUUCUCCUGGAUCUCAUGCCAACGAAGAAUCAGUCAAUAAGCAGUUGAAUGAUAAAGAAAGAGUCGCUGCUGCCUUGGAGAAUCCUAACCUCCGCCAGCUUGUGGACGAGUGCCUCUACUCCAAUGAACUGUGAACUAGCAGAUAUGCCAUCAUAAUAACUAUUGUACAGGGCAUUUACCACUUAUGAUGUUAUAAAAAGUAGUCAAUGUGUAUGGAAAUUAGUUGGACGGAUUUACCUUUGGAGAAGCUUUAUCUCUUUGAAGCUAUUUGAUUUUCAGAGGAUGUAUCUUCCCUCUUCUUACCCACUUCACGUUGUGUUUAGCAUGUGGUAUGUAUGUAAAUCAAGUAAGACAUCACGAUGUCAUAUUUUUGCACCUUUCACUACAGAAUGUGCUGAAUCAGUCUGUUUAGGGGUUGACCCGGUCCUUAUGCUCAUAGUUCAUGCCAUCCCUUUUAAUAAGUUUAGGUGGAAAGUAAGCAUCAUUUCUUGUGUGUGACAAAUGAUAAUUAUAUUUGCAGUUAUAUGUGGCAUCGUCUCAUUUUUUUA